AUGAAAUGGUUUUAUGUAAAAGGAGCCACCGGCAAUUUGACAAAAGAAAAAGCUGAUGUGUCUGAUGUGACGAAUGCUUCCAGAUCCCAUUUCAUGGACUUAGACACAAGAGACUAUGACGAUGAUUUACUUUUCUUAGGUGCAUGA